AUGGGAGAUUAUAUAGAUAACAGAAUCACACAAUUCAAAGACUGGACAAACUUAAUAUCAAAGCACAAACAAAAACUAGCCGAAAUAAUGAAAACUCCUAGCCGAAGAAUCGAUAAUUUAUUGCCAAGCUUUUAUCAUUCAGCUCCUUGUAAGCGCAAAAAUAAAUCUCCAGAGAAAGUUAACUGACUUUAUGAAGAAAAUAAUAGGUUCCUGCACAAGCUAUUAGAUGUGACUUCUGGCAUAACAAUUGUGAAAGCACAUAACUCCCCCCAUCUUUGGUCGAACGACUCGCCAUCGUUCGAUCAAGGAUGGGGGUUAAAAAACAUUUUUGGGAAAAAAAAUUUAUAUAUAAAAUAAAGCUAUAUAUAUAUAUUUUUUUUUUUAUUUAUUUUUAAAUAAGAGGGUUAAGAGUAUUUAAUAAUUAUUUUUACAGCAAAAAAUUGAAUUAAUUUCAUAAAAUACCAAUUUUGAAUAUUUUGAUUUAUUAGUUACCCCUUUAAACUGUAUAAAUUUUAAUUUGUUCGUUAUUAAAUUAAAUUUUUUUUUUUUAAAAAUUUUAAAGAAUCUCUAUUUUAUUAGAUUAUUGAGCUUUAAGCCUAUGUUGAUGACUAAAUCACUUCGGAUGGUUUGAUUCCGCAGCUUUCUGUCGUAUCAAAGUCUCUGAAAACAACUUCAUUUAUGUACAUCUUCCUAAGCUUUUGAUAAAUAAUAUAUUUUUAUAUAUAUAAAAAAUUUUCAUAAUAUGAAAAUCGUUCGAUCAAGGAUGGGGGUUAAUUUCCCCAAUUUUUAGGAAUUUUUUACAGUAAUCGUUCGAUUAAGGAUGGGGGGGAGUAAGAAAAAGCAUAAUUUAAGGAGACUCUCGUCAACAAUGAAGGAAAAAAGUAGAAUUGAGUACGAUAAUUUACAAUUUGCAGAUAGACUAAUCAAUAUUCGUCCUACUUUAUCAGUCAAAAAAUGAGAAGCUGGGUAUAAAGCGUCAAGGAAAUAUAAAGAAAUUAUUUCUCGACCACAUUUAGCAGAUAGAAAAAAGUCAGAGACUCCGAGGAAGAGCUUGCCGAGUACAGCAUUUGGAGGGAAAAGGCCAAUUACUGUGCAAACUGUAGAUUUCCGUAUUGGCGCAAGCUCAGAAGUAAUAGAAAAAGAACCGCAACCGAUUUAUCAAAUACUUUAA